AAAUAUCUCAGAUAAUGGAGAGAUUCCUCAGUUUUAGGAAAAAAAUUCAGGAGGAAAAUAUUGAUAAACUCCAAACACCGACAAAGCCUCAACCAGCUGAUUAUGAAGAAAAGAAAGAACCUAAGAGUAGUAAGAGAGAGUGAAGCCCAGCAAUUAAAUCCAUUAUCAAAAAUCAGGAAGAGUGUUUAUGCGAGGAAAUUUUCAAUGAGAUGUGUUUAAAAUGUGGGAAGGUCAGGAAUAGUACAUUCUUUAUCGACUCUCAAGACACUCAUAAGACUUUUAAGUUACUGAGCGAUGAAAUUCAAUACACAGAGAGACUUGCUUUAGUGAAGGAGAAAGAACUUAAGGAUAGUCUUUUGAAAGAACGCAAACUCACUUUGAUAUUAGAUUUGGAUAAUACUAUACUGCAUUCGACUACUGGUGCUGCAAAAGACCAUGAUCCUAAAUUCUUUGGAAGAGUUUUUCCUGGGAAAUAAUAUCUUUCAACUUCCUGUUAAGCCAGAAGAAGGUAUAGUCACUCAAACCAAAAUCAGACCCUUCCUCAAAGAGUUCAUACAGAUGGUCAGCCCUCUCUUCAAAAUCUAUAUUUAUACAAUGGGCAACCGUAGUUAUGCUAAUUUAGUAGCCAAAGUUCUGAAUAAAGAGAUUCCUCACUUCAAGAUUGACCCGAGGUGGGUGAUUUCAAGAGAUGAUGGCCACCAGCACACUGACGGAGGCACCUACAAGACCCUCAGACAGUUGUCGCCGACAGAUCACAGCUUCUUCUUGAUUCUUGAUGAUAGAGCCGAUGUGUGGCCAGGAGCAGCUGACAACUUACUGAGAAUUGCUCCAUACGUUUAUUUCCCAACACACGAAGCAGACUUCAUGUUGAAGAGUCUUCCAAGGUACUACAGACUGUACAUCAAAGAAGAUGUUGAUCCGUUCUUGUUGUACUACGGUAGAUUACUGAAGGAAAUGCACUGCAAGUACUUCGAAGUGUAUGAUAAAGAAGGGAAGUCUGACAACUUGGACAUCCGAAAUAUCCGUGCCAGUGUCACUAAAGACUUAUUCAAAGGCAUCCACUGAGCGUACUUGAGUUUCUUUCCGACCCAGACAGCUGAGCAAAUGCCUCACAGCUACGAAUGGACAAGUUCAAGUGAGAGAGGCAUGAUUAAUACACAUGAGUACCAAAGUGGAGCCACAAAUGUCGUAGUCACAAACUCGUGGGACCUUGAUGACUCAGUAUUCGAUCAAGCCAAGACCGACCAGUGACCGAUCGUGCCAGCAUUUUGGCUGCACAUGAGCAUCCUUCUUAACACAGUUUUGCCACUAGACAUCUACAACUUGGGUGAACACUUCAAGUUGUCAGAGCCUGAACAAGAUAAGUCUUCUGACAAACAAGAACAAGAAGCUGCAGCCAAGGCCAGAGCAGAUAGACUCCGAACAAUCAUGAAAGAUCGGUACCUCAAGAUCAUUGAAGACCUUCUAACACCCAUUCUGAAGUCAGACUUCGACAUUGACUACCAAGAGCACCUGGAGGCCGCUCGCAAAGUUGACAAAGAGUACCAGCUGUUUAAGAGGAAAAUGGAUCAAAAGAGGGCCAGACAACAGGCUUUAGAUGAUGAAGCCAGUGCCUCCGAAGCUACUGUGAAGAGACGCAAAACUUCUGAACACGACACUGCUGAAAUCAAAGGAGUUGACUCGAGCACCAGCAAAGACUCCGGGGCCAAGUAGUUGUUCUUAUUCUAAGACUGUCCACUCCCAGCAUUGUGUGUGGAGCUUUGU